CUCGCCCCCGCCUCGCCCCCGGCUCCCCGCGGCCGCUUGCUGCCGCGGUGGCGACGCGCCUGCCGACCGGCGCCAGCAGAUCCCGUGGGGCAGCCACAGCAGCUCGGUGGGGCUGCUGUGUGGAGAUUGCUUCGGAGCAGCAAGUGUGUGAGGGGGCACCAGCUAUCAGGCUGUUCCAGUGGCCCAGAAUGGCUUCUUCGGAGGAGCAAGGAGGUGUCCCCUGUGGUUUCAUCCGCCAGAAUUCCAGCAACUCCAUUUCCUUGGACUUUGAGCCCCAUGCAGAGUACCAGUUUGUGGAGCCAUUAGAAGAGCGCUACAGAUGUGCCUUCUGCCACUCAGUGCUCCACAACCCCCAGCAGACGGGCUGCGGGCACCGCUUCUGCCAGCACUGCAUCCUGUCCCUGAGAGAAUUAAAUGCAGUCCCACUCUGCCCUGUAGAUAAGGAGGUUAUCAAAUCUCAGGAGGUGUUUAAAGACAAUUGUUGUAAAAGGGAAGUCCUCAAUUUAUAUGUAUAUUGCAAAAAUGCUCCUGGAUGUAAUGCCAAGAUUAUUCUGGGACGAUACCAGGACCACCUGCAGCAGUGUUUAUUCCAAGCUGUGCACUGUUCUAAUGAGAACUGUCAGGAACCAGUCCUUCGGAAAGACCUGAAUGAGCAUUUGAGUGCAUACUGCCAGUUUCGAGAGGAAAAAUGCCUUUAUUGCAAAAAGGAGGUGGUAGCAAUCAAUCUAAAGAAUCAUGAGGAAAACUUGUGUCCUGAGUACCCGGUAUCUUGUCCCAACAAGUGUUUGCAGAUUAUUCCAAGAACUGAGGUGGGUGAGCACCUUGCUGUGUGUCCUGAAGCCGAACAAGACUGUCCUUUUAAGCAUUACGGCUGCACUGUAAAGGAGAAACGGGGGAACCUGCAAGAUCACGAGCAUUCAGCCUUACGGGACCACAUGCUUCUGGUUUUAGAAAAGAACAUCCAAUUAGAAGAACAGAUUUCGGACUUAUAUAAGAGCCUAGAACAGAAAGAAAGUAAAAUCCAGCAGCUAGCAGAAACUGUAAAGAAAUUUGAAAAGGACUUCAAGCAAUUUUCACAGCUGUUUGGCAAAAAUGGAAGCUUCCUCUCAAACAUCCAGGUUCUUGCCAGUCACAUUGACAAGUCAGCUUGGCUAGAAGCUCAAGUGCGUCAGUUAUUACAAAUGGCUAACCAGCAACAAAAUAAAUUUGAUCUGAGGCCUCUGGUGGAAGCGAUUGAUACAGUGAAACAAAAAAUUACCCUGCUGGAAACCAAUGAUCAAAGAUUAGUUGUUUUGGAAGGGGAGACUAACAAACAUGAUGCCCACAUCCACCUUCAUAAAGCACAGCUGAAUAAAAACGAAGAGCGAUUUAAACUGCUCGAAGGUGCCUGCUACAAUGGCAAGCUCAUCUGGAAGGUGACAGACUACAGGAUGAAGAAGAGGGAGGCGCUGGACGGGCACACAGUGUCCAUCUUCAGCCAGCCCUUCUACACCAGCCGGUGUGGCUACCGCCUCUGUGCUAGAGCGUACCUGAAUGGGGACGGGUCUGGGAAGGGGACACACCUGUCACUGUACUUCGUGGUGAUGCGAGGGGAGUUUGACUCCUUGCUGCAGUGGCCGUUCAGACAGAGGGUGACCCUAAUGCUUUUGGACCAGAGUGGCAAAAAGAACCACAUUAUGGAGACCUUCAAGGCUGACCCCAACAGCAGCAGCUUUAAAAGACCCGAUGGGGAGAUGAACAUAGCCUCUGGCUGUCCCCGCUUCGUGGCUCAUUCCACAUUGGAGAAUGCCAAGAACACCUACAUUAAAGAUGACACCCUGUUCCUGAAAGUGGCUGUGGACUUAACUGACCUGGAGGAUCUCUAGUCACUGUUUCUGGGGUGAUAGAAGGACUUCUUGGAUUCAGAACCAUAGAGGAGGACAGUUUUGAUUAUCAUAUUGACUGAAUUUAGACUCAGUGCACAUUUGUAUUUGGCUUUUUGCCUUUAAAGUUUGAAGUCAGUGUAGAACUCUCAAGUGCUGUCUUCUUUUUACUUGUUACUCUGUCUUAGUUUAAAACUUUAAACUUAGGAUAUCAGCUUGUUAUUUAUAUUUUUAUAUCUCUUAGAAGUUGUUAAGUUUCUUAAGAGACAGGUCUGGGGCAUCUCUCUUUUAUUGGUGCUUAGCAUGGGGUCUCAGGGUAGGCAGUCUACAGUGUAAAAUGUGACAGAGGACACAGAAAUAGAAUUCCCAAUUGAAAAUGCUUUCGUAUUUUCCGAUUUGCCCACUGAUUCUAAACCUGAUCACAAGCCUGUAAAAGCCAUCUUUUCGUGUAUACUUUUCCAGUUAAGUAGAUGGGUGGUGUGCCUAUAAAGACAGUAUGCCUAGUUUGAACUACACUUUUUUUGGUCAAAUUCGAAAUUUAUGGAAAUUAGUGCACCUCAGAAUUUUUCAUGAGAUUCACUAAUAGCAAGCACAAUUUUGCAAAGCUGCAUAAGAACUGGUGAAUAGAGUAAGCAUUUUUAUCCUUUUGAAGUUUAGAUUUUAUUAGAUUCAACCAUGUAAAAAAACUUUUCAUAGGUCAAAAAUAGUUGAAUAUUAGCAGUUUCAUACAGUUUAACUUAAUAUAUAUACACACACACACACACACACACAAAUAGCUUAUAGGUAUUUGGUUAUAAUAAAUUAAUGUGAAGAUGGGCAGAAUCUAGUAUAUGAUGAAGAAAUGUCAUAAGUGGAUAAGAGGAAUUUAAAACUUAGGGGAAGAGUACCAUUAUCAUUUCCUAUGAGUGUCAAAAGUACUCUGACCAAAAACUGAAUGCUAAAGUCAGUAUCUCCUAGUCUUCUUGAGAAAGCUUUUAAGUUCAUAAACUGGUAUAAGAAUGGGCAUUUACAUAGACUUGUGACUUUUCUCGUCAAAGUCCUGAGUACUUUGUGAAGAAUACAAAUGAUUAUGUGCUUAUGCAUCUGUCUGUGUGGGCCUUGUGUGUACAAACUGAAAUAAGUCCUUCAGACUCUUGAUAAGCCUGCGCUUAACAAAAAAUACCCAGUUUUCCUCAGUCCUAAUUCAUUCUUAUGCAGCUGAGCAUUACACUCAGGCUGGCUCAUUUGAGUGUGGGAGGACAGGUGCUAAGGGUGGAGGGCCACUGAGGGCAGCUCCCUUGGGUGGUGACCAUGCACUUUACAACUUUUUGUACAGUUAACUUGAUAGAGGAAGCAUGAUUUAUACCAGUGACUUCUGGAAUAAUUAGAGCUUUAUUAAUCUGUGAAAUUUUCAAGAUGCUAAAGACUCAUACUGCAGAAAUCAUCCCAAAGGGACCAAUUCCAAGAAAGAAGUUAACAACAGACAUGUACUGAAGAACUACAUUGUAGCUGCUGGUGAACUUUGGUAGGUGGAUGGUCGACACAUCGCCUCAGACAGACUCAGGAAGCCUUUCUCUAGACCACACAGCCAGACCCAGGUAGUUCUGUGUGUGCACUUUCAAUGUUUCUCAUCAAAUCCAAGGUCACCCAUGUAACUCCUUGGGAGCUGAAAGUCCUAUUGUAAAUAGUUUUAAGUAGUUGAUGUGAACAACAUUUUAAGAUGAAUCUGGUUUUGUGUUUUAACCAACUUCUCUACAUAAAAAGUGUAAGUCGUGG